GGGCAGCAUGGCGGGCGGCGGGGCUGCUGGGGAUCCGGCAGGGCCGGACGGGGGCGGAGAGGGUGGGCGUCCCCACGGGCCCCGGGCGGCUCCAGCCGCCCUCUGCCCUCCGCCCUCCGCCUUGCUGGGGGUGCUGCUUCUCCCGUGGGACCGAUGGUUUCCCCAAACGCAGAAAACGAAACCUCAGUGGGCGCCCUAGAGGGGCGACGCGGGCGCCGCCACCCGCUCCGCCGGGUUUCUGCGCCUGCGGCGCUUACUUCCCCCCCACCCCCGCGCGAUGGCAUGACUGAGGCCCCCAAGACUCAAAUGAGAGCCGUUGGGAUGCGGUGGGGGUCACAGUGAUGCAGGACGGCGGGGGCCGACGCGUGGGGAAGGGGAGUCCUCACCUGCCUCCAGAGGCGAAAGUGUAUUUUGACGUCUCGCCUGUCUGUAUGUACGUGCCAUCGAGCAGUCCCAGCUAUGGAAGGUAAGCCAUUGGUGAUAUCGAAAGAGAAGACUGCAGUGGUGUGUGGGGUCCCCACCCAGGUGGUCUGUACAGCCUUCAGCACUCACAUCCUGGUGGUGGUGACCCAGUUCGGGAAGAUGGGUACCCUGGUCUCCCUGGAACCCAGCAAUGUGACCAGUGACGUCGGCAAGGCCGUGCUGACCACGAAAGUCCUUCUCGGGCAGGACGAGCCUCUCAUCCAUGUCUUCGCAAAGAAUCUGGUGGCGUUUGUGUCUCAGGAAGCUGGCAACAGAGCAGUCCUUCUCGCCCUAGCCGUGAAGGACAAGAGCCUGGAGGGGGUGACGGCCUUGAAGGAGGAGAUCCGGACGUGCCAGGUGUGGUGACCGCGGAGUAACCACCCGUGCCGUCCAGCAGGGCCACAUGGCGACUCAGACACCCUGGCAAGGAUUUGAAGACCCUCCCUCAGUCAGAAGGAGGGGCUUUAUCUGGCUUUGGUCCUUGAAGCUGGAAGAAACAUGCACGUCUCGGGCCCACUUUGGUUUGGGGGCUGACCUCACCUGUGGAGGGAGGGCGUGGAAUGUGUCCUGGGGUGUUGUGAGCGGUCCUCCCUGGGUCCACACAGUUGCACAUGGUUGAGAAUUGACGGAACGAGUCAUGGCCCUCAGUGUGCAGAUGAGUUGGGGGAAAUUUUUUUUUUAUUAAAAGUAAAUGCACAUC